AUGGCUAAGAAGACGGCAUCAGGCGCCAUAAUGGUUGUUAUCGGCGCAAUGGCUCACAGUUGUACUGUGUCGACCGCCAGAGAUUUCCUGGAUGAAGUUGUCUCCAUUAGUUGUUUUCCGCUGUCGGGCGCACAGACUUGUGCUAGAAUUUGCACAAAUUCCGAAGAGGCUUGGGAAGUGCUAACCCCACCGCCUCUCAAAGGUGAUGUAUUCGAGCUUGCGGUCUGA